UUUAAAAAACGAUAAUUCAUUCUCUUUAUAGAUUUAAUUUUAUAAAUAAUUUUUGUAGAGCACCGUGAUUAUAAUUAUAGCAUUUUCUAAAGCUAUUAGUAAAAAAAAUUAGUGCAAUUUACUCAUCAAAGAAUAGGGUGGCGCGCUCUUUUCCGAAUCGGCGAGCGAAGGAUUUCGAAGGAACAAUAGCAAAAACCCUAGACUCUACUCUCCGUUCAUCGUGGUUGGUUUUCGAAACUGGGAGUGAUCGUGUUCACUUUUGGGAUAAAAAUUGUGUGUAUUGCUCUGAAUUGUGAUUAACUACAGGUUGGGGGUUGAUUUUAAGUAAGCUGCUCUCAGAUUCCCUAUUGAAAAUGUCGGGACGGAAGGAGACAGUUUUAGAUCUGGCAAAGUUUGUAGACAAGGGCGUCCAAGUGAAGUUAACCGGCGGGAGACAAGUCACAGGAACUUUGAAAGGUUAUGAUCAGCUACUAAACCUGGUGCUUGAUGAAGCAAUAGAAUUUCUAAGAGAUCCUGAUGAUCCACUAAAGACUACCGACCAGACAAGGCGUCUUGGUCUUAUAGUUUGUAGGGGGACAGCGGUGAUGCUCGUAUCGCCGACCGACGGAACCGACGAGAUUGCGAAUCCAUUUGUCCAGUCAGACGGGGCCUGAUUGCUCUCUGAAGAUUGCUGAGGCUUCUGCAGCAAUUGGUAUUUCUGAGAUUAUGUGGUUGUGCUUCUUUCUCUUUUAUGGAUUUGUUCAUGAGAACUUCAGUCUACAUGAUGUCUCUUUGUUUCCACUCUGCUAGAAGACAAUGACAUAAAAGUUAUCUUUAAAGAGUUUUGAGCUGCUGCUCUUUUAUCUUCUU